AUGUUGAAAGACGACUCGACCAUCGGCCGCAUCUAUGCUUUCCUUGGACGUUCUUGCUGCAAACCCUGCACUGAACAGUGUCAAGGUGGCUUGACCUGCUUGAUGCCAUUCAUCAUUUGCAACCUCAUCACAGUUCUGCUGGGCCUCAUUCUGAACAACGACAUUGGGGAGAUCAUCGGGGCCUUCAAGGCCAUGUUGAACUCGGUGACCUUCUAUGAAGCUUUUGACUUCAUGCUUCUCUUUGCCUCAACACUUGGAGCUCUCCUUUCUCAAGUGGUGGGCUGCAUCUAUGGCUAUUUGGCCUACCGAGAGAUCCGUGACAGCGGCGUUCAUCAAACGGGUGGCGAUUGGGGCAACUCCUAUCCUCAGGCGGAAGAAGCUCGGCUGGACAAAAGCCUCUGGUUAUUAUAG